CCUGAACAGAAGUACAGAACCUCGUUCGGGCUGAGAUCUGGCACAGUGGUACGAGGAUGGCCAAGCCAUGGCGGAAUCUUUUUUCUGAACGACUGCCUCGGCGUGGACCUCGAGUUCCUUCGCCUCGACCGUUUCGAACCUGCGUUGAGAUCAGAGGACCAGGCGGAGGAAGAUGCGCACUGCCAGAGGAUGCGCAUGCUUGGUGCAGUGUGGUUUGAAAGCGAACACCCCUACGAACUGGAAGAUUAUUCAAACUUUGGCGACUACCCGAUAACGUCUCGAAGAAGCGAUCAUGUCAUUGCCGGGUAUCCAGCAACGGGGGGCGUCUGGGUUCUCCGGACCUUUGAGGAGGACGGUCUGAAAAUUGGACUCGGUCGAAUCAAGAACGCCAACGAUAUGGAAGAGAGGUGCAGGGUCAUUCAGAGACUUGGAGGGGUAUUUUACGAAGACCCUUUCGAAUCACCCGAACUGGAUCUU